GCGCCAUGAUACUCAACAAGCGCCCUCUCAACCCAAGGUGGCGCAUGCCUGUCGAUCCACAGCUUAUAAUCCCGCAAACUCAACGUGUUCCAACACCGGUUCCCAAGCCUGAAAGCCCUCGUAGCGUUGCCCCUCCAGCCACGGUUAACAAUUCGCGGCCAAGAAAGGUGAGGCGUAAACAGGCCAAGGCGCCCAGUGACGCAGUCGUGAACGCAAAUACCACCCCCGAUCAAGCCGGGGCUAUCAAGCACCCCGAUAAUUUGGGAAGAUCCCAGGCAAACGGAAUGGUUUUGGACGGCCAACAAGUAGCUAUGUCGACCAGCGCCCCCAAACAAAACAUGCACCAACCAAACGGUCCUUGGCGAGGUCAAGCAGGCGAUACAGCUCACGCCUCGUCGACAUCUGAACAAUCGCAUGCAGUUAACUCGGUACCAACCGGCUCAGCCUCCAAGCCCAGCCCGCGCGAAACAGCCCCACAUGUGCCCAAACCUCCAAGCAAACUACGCUUGACAAUUAAGCCAGCCAAUGCUCCACAGAAGCAAACCAAUUCUGCUACUCCUGGUCUGAUGCAACCUAAGGCUCACGAGGAAGAUCGUAAUCAUGUGCUACCAGCUCCGACCUUUUCAUAUCUUCCACCACCAUCAGCACUCAAUCACCCCCAUUUGCCUCAACCCUCUCGACCGAUGUCAUCCUCGUCGUCAUCGUCAUCACCAUCUUCAUCUAAACCCAUGAUGACACGGCUACCAUCGAUCAACCACUUGGAUGUUUUUCAUCCGCCCAUUUCACAUCUGCAUCCGCUUCCGGCCGUCUCUUCUAUGUCAUCACCGAUGUACUUGCCGCCAAUUGCUUCUGUAGCUCAACCCAGGCGUCAACCGCCAAUAGUGACUUUGCCCUCACCCCCACCAGCCCGGGAUCUUUCAUGUCUGCCCCGACACCCAUCCCCGGGUCAUAUCCCACCAAAUCAUAUGCGCUUCACUGCCCCCCUCUCAACUCCGCCUUCCUUCGACGCUUUUGCCAGAGGGGCAGCGCCGACUGCAGCUAAGAACCCGGUUCGACGUACAGUCCCGCCAGGAACUCAUGCCAAUCCAGCUGAUGGUCCAACACAGUCACACCAACAAUCCGCGAACGGCUCACCUCCUACAGCUCCCCGCAAAAACAUACUCGCUUAGCUGAAGAAAAAUCCUUGGUAGAUGAAUAGCACUCAUAUCUUAUCAAGCAAGCCUCAUAGUGAAAGGCCAAUGUCUCAGACUCGUUCUGAGCGUUGUUAGCAAACAUAUAGCGGUGCUUUGUUUCCGGUGAACUUCAAAAAAUUAUGUAUACCUUAGCUUGCAUCUUCAUUCGUGAUUAGAUGUUUUCAUUUCAUUUCUUAGUUUCUUUUUCUUUUUCUUGCACAUCACAUGUCAUGAUUCUUAGAAAUAUACACUUUUUUGUCAAGUACCAACAUAUGUAUAUUGUUGUUUGUUCACUGGACAACAGCGUUAUACAAUAUAAAUUCUCAAGUUCAGGUUAGAAUGCAUCAUGCAAUCGAG